AUGGAGUGGGGUCCUUUACAGCCGAUCUUGUCGCUAUUAGUGUCCCAGGAGAGUAAAGAUGAUAAUGGAAAGACUAGCAAGACACUUGAUAUGAUUCUGGCUCAAGCAUUAAAUGGUGAAGAGCUUACAGCAGCAGUACGCGCUUCAUCUCUUGCCCAAUUGGACCAAGUGCUCGACCACGAACCGCUCGCUGGUCUGUCGCUAAGCUUUUUGAUGUUGCUAUCCGCCAAAGCUUCAAAAUUAGAACAUGCACGUCAAGAAGAGGAUAUGAAUGAGAUUCAAACGAAGUUUUUACGACAAAUGGCACAACUACUACAUAAGAUUCCUAUGAGUGUGGCUGCUAAAGAGCUUAAGAGACUGAGUGUGCUUUGCGACCAGUAUGCACGACAAGCUGUUGGACUUCAGCAGAGUCUAAAAAUAAUAUUUCCACUUCGAAGCUUUCUACAGCGCUUUCAUGAGCAGGAAAAGGCGGUAUUGACGCCAUUGCACGCACAAUAUCUGUAUUUAUGUCUCCAUUCCAAGUGUUACUUUGCAGCGAUAGAAAUUUUAGACCAAACAUUGAUUGAGGUCCAUUCGCAGUCGCAUCUUGUCACAUGCGUCGACUUUUUAGGUUACGCGUACUAUGGAGGAUUGCUCUAUCUUGGUGAAAAGCGGUACCAAGAUUCACUAGAUUUUUUCCAACUUGUUGUCACAGCACCAGCAAUAUCACUUAGUGCAUUUGUUAUUGAAGCAUACAAGUUAAUGGCAUUAGUGACGCUCAUUGUGAAAGGAGAGAGAGUGAGUUUGCCCAAGUAUACACCGUUUGUGGUCGUACGUCACGUAGAGAGUCACUGUGCGGCGUACAAUGACCUUGUGAAUGCAUUUGUGAAUGACAAAGAAUUUGCUGCGGUAGAGGAAGUUGUAGCAAAGAACAUUGAGCUGUUUACACAAGAAAGAAACUUUGGUCUUGUCAAGCAAGUCGUGCACGCGUUCAAACAACGAAAAGUGCUUCAAUUGAAACGUACGUAUGCUACUAUUGAACUCACGCAGAUUGCGACAACAGCUGGUAUGGUGAAUAGCAAUGCAGUGGCAGCCGAGAAGAUGCUCUUAAGUUUAAUUUCCACUGGUCGGAUGGACGCUAUUAUCGAUCAACAAAAAGCCAUGGUGCGCUUUGUGCUUGAAAAAGAAGACUGUCAGGAUAAUCACGAUGAGUUUCACGGUGAAGUAACAUUGAGGCUACAGGAGGAGAUGGAAAAGCUUGUGUUGGUCGCAUCCCAUUUGCGCUACAUAGAUGUUGAGCUUGUGACGAGCGCAAAAUUUCAGUCGCGUUUGCAGAAGGACAAAGACCGGCGCUCAAAAGUUGCUAUGCACACCCAGCAGAGCGAAGAUCGAACACUUGGUGAAAUUGCGAACGGGAUGGAUACCAUGGAGUGA